AUGAAGUCAAAGUCUCCAGAAUUUAUGUCACGAUGCCGGGUAUUGAAUUUUCCCUGGGCAGAAAGACGGACAAGACGGACAAGCAAGGUGGAGGGGAAGGCUGCUGAUGAGAAGCAGGGGUAUUCCCGUGUUUUGACAUUUCAGCCGCCACCGGUUGAGUUUACACCUGCAACGAAUGAUUUGACGUUUCCAUUGAUUCAGAUGAUGAAUGGCAAAGAGCCUGUGGUUUGGGAGGAGAGUGAGUCUCAGGCACCACGAGAGAAUUUGAAAGAGGCGGCAGCGACACAUAGUGGAGCAAUAGAGACACGGACGUUGUCUUGUUCAUCACAGGCGUCGUCAGCCUCUAAAACAGCGUCAAAGAACCGGAUUCCACGUCCUAAGAAUGCUUUUAUUUUGUAUCGGUCGCAUGUUAGCCAGCUUUUGAAAGAAACAAUGGCAUUAAAAGUCCGUGAAUCAAAUAUUUCGAGUUUAGUCAGUGAAAUGUGGAAAAAAGAGUCUGAUGUGGUGCAUGCAUAUUAUGCUAAGCAAGCUGCACUUGAAUGGGUCAAAUAUAUGAAGCGGUUGCAACAAGAUCGCACUGUGCAGAGUAGUAGUGGACCAGAUGUUAAGUCCCCUAUAUCGCCAGCAUUGUCUCAGAGUGCUUUGUCUUCACUGUCUCAUGAGUCUCAACCAACAGCAAUAUCAUAUACUCAGCCAACAUUUCCGAGUCCGGCUUCAGCUCCAGUUUCGGUUUCAUCUGAAGAAAACCAAGUCAUUACGCCUUAUACAGACCCGUUUCUUGGGACUAUGUUGUAUAGUUCUUCACCAGAUGCUACGUUGGGUCUUGCAAAUACUGAUAUUUCGACACAUUUAUCUUCAUCUCCUCAGUCAUCAAAUGAUGAUCUUUUUGAUCCUUCAUAUGGGGCGGCUGGGCAGUUAGAGAUCGCAGGAUACCCAUUUAUGGGGAAGACGAGUCCAUCCACUCUUUGUUCCUUCAAGGAUACCACCUUUUCUAUACCAUAUGAUAUGAAUCAGCUGGAUAUCGGCUAUAACUAUCCUCUUACGAACCCUUCAACUUCUGUUUUUUCUACUAAUUCAUAUCCUUGUGUUGUUGGCACUGGUUUAGGUUUAGAUAAUUCCAUUCGAUGGCCAGGAAUGAUGUUAACAUCGGCUACAUGGCCUGUCAAUAUGAUUUGA